AAUACACAAUAAAACGUAAAGUAUGAGUACCUUAUUGAUAAUACAAUUCGUUCUACUUUUUUAUGACACAAAGUGCUCACUUACUACCCACUAUUAUAUGAAGUUGAUACAUCAAGAAACCUUAAAAGUUCUAACCUCUGUCCCGCCUGAACAAAACGAAGAGUUUAAAGGAGCAGAUUCAGAGACCACCAAUGACUUUGGUACCUACGACUUCGUCAUAGUUGGAGCUGGUUCCGCUGGGAGCGUCUUAGCCACCAGACUCUCAGAAAUUGACAAUUUCAGAAUCCUAUUGCUAGAAGCCGGUGGCGAAGAAAACGACUUUAGCAACAUACCUGGAAUAGGGCCACUUAUGCAAAUCGGUGACCUGAACUGGGGUUACUCAACCACGCCUCAAAAACACUCUUGCUUAGGAAUGAAAAAUAAAAAGUGCCUCAUCCCGCAAGGAAAAGUGGUGGGUGGUUCCAGUUCCACCAAUGGAAUCUUGUACAGCAGAGGAGCCGCCAAAGACUACGAUAAAUGGGCGGAGAUGGGUAACACGGGAUGGUCCUACAAACAUGUCUUCCCCUACUUUAUCAAAUCUGAAAACAGUCAGGUUGAUGGAGAUGUGGGUUACCACGGGAAAGGGGGUUUAUGGAACGUAGAACACACAGAAAAGUCGCCUUUUUUUUCGCGUUUAGCUGAAGCCAGUUUGGAACUAAAUUUACCAAUUGUGGACUACAAUGGUAAGGAUCAAAUUGGAUUAGGGCUUACACAAUUUAAUAUGAAGAGAGGGAAAAGACAAAGUUUAGGGACGGCAUUCUUAGAUGGCGCCAGAAAGCGAAGAAACUUGAAAGUGGUAACGAGAGCAUUAGUUACUAAACUUUGUAUAGAUCUUGACACUAAAAUAACCCGAGGGGUUGAAUUUAUACACCGAAACCAAACAUUUCGGGCGUUGGUUACAAACGAAGUUAUUCUCUCUGGGGGUGCUAUUAAUUCGCCCCAGCUCCUUAUGUUGUCAGGAAUAGGACCCAAACACCAUUUAGAAGAUUUGGGGAUAAAAGUACUCGCAGAUUUGCCUGUGGGUCAAAAUCUAAUAGACCAUCCAGUGUUCUCUGGACUCAGAAUUCACACCCAGAACAGCAUCCAACCUCCGGAUUUUGCAACCAUGGUCGAAGAGUUCACACAUGCUUUUGGCCCUCUUACAAAAUCAUACAACAUGCAUGCUCUUAUGUUCAUAAAUACUACAAACGUUUCUGACAAACUACCCGACGUGGAAUACAUAUUUGUGCCACCUUCAGGAAACAAUGAAGCACGGAUGGUAAGCAAAAUAUUUAAUUCGGACAAUAAACUGACCCAAUUUCUGGAAGAAAUCAACCCGACUAACGACAUAUACGUUGCUGUUGUACUCCUCCACGAACGCUCAAGAGGCACAGUAACCCUAAAGUCAACCAACCCACUCGACUUUCCAAACAUCGACACCAACAUGCUUGCAGAGCCAGAAGACGUCGAUACUUUUAUUAAAGGUAUAGAGUUCGCACUCAAGUUGUUCGAAACUCGGGUUUUUAGGGAAAUCAACGCCGAACCCAAGUUAAUUCAAUUUUGUAAGGAGUUUGGUCAAGGUUCAAGACAAUAUUGGGAAUGUGCACUGCGUCACAUGACUUUAACCACGUACCAUCCGUGCGGUACUACCGCCAUGGGGGUCGAUGGUACCAUGUCGGUGGUAGACAGCAAAUUGAAAGUGCACGGGAUUCAGGGUUUGAGGGUUGUGGAUGCAGGGGUGUUUCCGUCGAGCGUUUCUGGCCAUAUCAAUGCGCCUACUGUUAUGGUGGCGGAAAAAAUUUCAGCCGAUAUUAAGAGGGAGUACGCCUUUGAGGAAAAUACCGAAGGCGGAAUUAAUCACACAGAACUAUAACUAUGCGCAGAAAAAAUUUCAUUACCGUUAAAUAGUGCACGAGUGCCUAGUAACGAAUGCACUUUAUAAUUAUAUCGUUAUCGACUACGGUACUCAGAUAUCACAAAAAAUAUAAGUUAUGUACUUAAAGUUUAAAACUGUAAAAUGGCAUAGUCAGUCAAUAAAGUUAUACCAAAUGAA